AUGGCUGAGAGUGCUGAUACCCUACGCAAUACAAUUACAAAGAUGACAGCCGCACGCACGCCAUUACAACGCAAAUAUAGCAAGCGACAGGUUAAACCUCUAUCUCAAACUGGUAUACUAUCCAUAAAGGACGCCAAUCGCAGUAUUGCUGAAAAGAAGGCCAAAAGAGAGAAGACCGCUGCUACAAAGCUCCGCAAUCAAUACAAGAAGAAAUGGGGCCAUUCGCCGCCACCGGAGCCUACAUUGCCAGAUUUAUCUUCAAAUGACGUGGAAUUGGCAAAUAUACCGGAUAGCGAGCUUUUUUGUAUAGUUUCAAAGCCAUUGCGUUGA